AUGCAGCACCCGCUGGAGUUGGGAGCCGCUCGCUACUUCCCGGCCGAAGCCUUCCCCGACCACCGCUCCCACCGCUACCGCAGCUUCAUGAUCGAGGAGAUCCUCACCGACCCCCCGGACGCCAAGGGGGCCGCGCCGGCCGGGGAGCUGCUCAAGUUCGGGGUGCAGGCGCUGCUUUCCGCCCGGCCCUACCACAACCACCUCGCGGUGCUGAAGGCGGAGCCGGCCGCCGUGUUCAAGUUCCCGCUGGCUCCCCUGGGCUGCUCGGGGCUGGGCUCGGCUCUGCUGGCCGCCGGCUCGGGACUGCAAGGCGGCUCCGCCUCGCCCCAUCUCCCGCUGGAGCUGCACCUUCGUGGCAAGUUGGAGCCGGGCCCCCCCGAGCCGGGCAAGGCCAAGAAGGGGCGCCGAAGCCGCACCGUCUUCACCGAGCUGCAGCUCAUGGGGCUGGAGAAGCGCUUCGAGAAGCAGAAAUACCUCUCCACGCCCGACAGAAUAGACCUGGCCGAAUCGCUGGGGCUCAGCCAGCUCCAGGUGAAAACCUGGUACCAGAACAGGCGCAUGAAAUGGAAGAAAAUAGUGUUGCAGGGGGGCGGCCUGGAGUCCCCCACCAAGCCGAAGGGCCGCCCCAAGAAGAACUCGAUCCCCAGCAGCGAGCAGCUCUCGGAGCAGGAGCGAGCCCGGGACGCCGAGAAGCCGCCCGAGAGCCUGGGCUCGCCGGCCGAGGUCAGCCAGGAGGAGUGA